AUGGACACACCAGCCUGGAUAAACAAAGAUGGCAAGACAUGCGUGCAGUUGGAGAAAGCAGAGUGCACGGACGAGGACUUCCAUUUUCUCUCUUCAAACAUGGCUUGCUGUCAGUGUGGAGGGGGGCAUCGCCAAGCAACCUCUUUCGCGUACUUCACGCCAACUUUGGUCCUGGGUCAAGAUGCCAGCAUCACAGGACCUUUGGGCAGGCCCAUCCCCCGAACGGCAAGCCACUACUCGAUCGAUCAGGCCUGCCCGCUUCUGGACUACAACCUGACCUUGAACGCCACAACGGGCGAAGUAGAGCUCGCGAAGGACUGUUCACGAGUUGGCUGCGGUUCCUCCGAGCCGUUCACUCUUCACUGCACCGUCACGGCCCAUCAGAACGAAGAGCUGAACUUCACCGCCGCGCUCGAUGUGCGCGCAGAGAGGCUCGUCUACGGUGAAGACAACGUCCUAUUCGCGCCGAUCGAGUCAGAUAAGUCAGGUGAGUCCGGGGAAUUAUCUUUCUCUCCGAGUGCAAGCAUGAAUCUUAGCGGCGGUGUUUUCUCCAUGAACUGUCUUCCGUCUGAAGACACCCCAUGGCUGAACCUCGAUGAUGCAACAGGAGUCAUCACCAUCAGGCCAGACCAAGUGCCAAACAAUACUUUUGGUGUCGCUGACAUUCGUGAGCAAGGAAAGGGCAUAAAGUGCCGCAUCCUGUGGGAGAAGAUGCAGUCUGCUGGGACGCUUGAAGACUUUUCCGUUUGGCUUCUCAUCCUGUUACCAACACCUUGGGCUGGUGUGUCUUGGAGCAUGUCGACAAUUCAGCAGACCAUAGGCGUUGCUUCGCCCCCAACAAUUCCGAUGGACUCUCUUCCAAGGGCAUGGAGCUUGCCUCCAACCAGCUUCGCCGCAGCAUGUUCAUCUGGCAACACUGACGUCGCCUUCAAGUUCGAUGUGUUGACAGGCCAAGCCACACUCGACGGUCAUGAGGCAUUCGUGUUGGAUACCUCCACUGGCAUCUUGGUCUCGCGGGCAAAUUCGAGCCUGUCUUACAUCUUUGACGCAGAUAAGGCGCAGCGCAGGAGCCUGUCAUUGAAUUGCACAGUGUUUGGCCAUUACGACUGGAGAGUCGGCCAUCGAAUUACGGUGAGCGGGCGGAUAUCCAUUGAGCUCAUGGAUGACACCUGCUGGAAGCCGUUGGCGUCGAGCAAGUGGCAGAUUUCAGAGCAGGUGGAUGCCAACUCUUCCAGCAAGUGCAAAUCUGCCUGCCGGAGCAUGGCGAACUGCUCGCACUACAGGUUCAACGAGACCACUGGGGCCUCCAGCUGUUUGUUUUUGCGGGCUCGCUGUCAAAGCGACUCUCGCGCAUGUGUGGACCAUGGAGUUGUGACAGAGAAGAUCCCCCGAUGUUCUGAGCGCGAGACCUGCGUCAGCUUCAACAACCCCGCCAACCAGUUUUAUGCCGGUGUCUAUUGUCCAGCCAGUGUAGAUAGCCAGAAUGAUGUGGUCUAUCUGGCCACGGGGGUCACGCAGCAGGACGCUCAGUACCUGGCUUCUUACAACGCUCAUUCAGGAGCGGAUGGAAUCAGUUGCGAGCAGGGAGACUUCAUGCUGCGGCGUCCGGACCCCUCCACCGAUUUCGCUGACCCAGAUGUGAACAACUCCCGAGUAGAGUUGCACGGGGAGAGUCUGGCCUGUGUUCGGCCUGAAGGGGGUGGAGAUUUCAUCUCGGCCAUCUUUGACAACGGCAAGCAGCAGGUGUCGUUUGUGAACAACAAGACGUUCGUGGGGGAGAACUCCGCGGACCUGUACGUUGAUCUCCACAACCCAGACUGCGCAGAGCCCAACCUGACAGCUCACUCCCCUGAUGGCGAUCCUGGAGCCGAAGAGCCAACUCUUGCAAUCGUCGUGGAUGAUCUCUCGACACUCGAGCCUGCCGACCUCUCUUUGCAUCCGUGCGAAUGCCUUCCGCCUGGCUGGGGAGAAGAGGAGGAGAGCUCGGGCGAAACGAGCACGAGCGAGAAAAUCUUGAUCGUGCACGGGUCGUUUUCCUGCAGCCAAGAUGGACUUCUGUCCGUCCUGCAGCUGGCUGUGCAGGAGCCGCCUUUACAACUGUGCGAAGCAGCAUGUCGCAAGGAGACAUCUUGCGCCUUCUUCUGGGCAGGUACGUCAGGCUCCACGCAGUGCAAACUGUACAGCCGUUGCAACCUCCUGGUCCGAGACAUGGGCUCAGAGGGCGAGCUUUAUGGCCGGCCUCCCAAAACGGCGCUUUGCAAGAAGUCGGACCCGGAGGCCUGCUGGACCAGCACAGUGCGCCGGUCCAUGCUCGGCGCAACGGCCCUGAGCCCACAGAGGACAGCGGGCUCCGAGUCCCCGGAGCCAUUAUUCGUCGCAGGCGCUUUCAACAACCGGACCGAGGCAGAGGCCGGGUGCACGGCAGCCGGGCGCUGGCUCUGCAGCUCCUUCGACCUCCGCGUCGCGAGGGCCCGCCCUGUCGACAAUGCCAAGACGGCUUUUCUGCAGGACGUUUGUGGGACUCAAGAUGCCGACGGCUUCCACCAGACCGACUGCGGAUCGCAGAUGGGCGCCUUUUGCUGCGCCCAUUGCGGGCUUCGUGUGCAGAUCGAGCCUGAAGGGCCAAGAUGCCCCGCAAGUCACCCGUGGGCCUACCGCCCAAAGAAGAACUUCGACUUGUGCUGUGCAUCGGAGCACGGGGUAGAAAGCGGCCUCUACAACUCCGGCCUGCCGGAGGGGCGUUCGGACUCCUGCCUUGGUUACCAUUACACGGAGUGCAAACCGUCAGGAGGAUCUGCAGGAUCCGGCUGCGCUGACUACAGGAGGACUCUCACGCUCAGCUCGGGCUCCUACGCGACCCUCGCCGAGAUCGGAGGGCACGUCCUUUCCCUCGAACUGCUUGGUGGGCCGCUGUGCUCAGCGACCCUCUAUCAAGGUCAGGGCUUCACAGGCAUGGCGCAGUCACUUUCGCCAGGAACGUCAAUGGAUGCCUCCGCACUUUCCGCACUUGAUUUCCAGGUUUCGUCGGUACAGGUGCUGGAUGACCGGGCCUGUGAAGUCGCGCCGCCGCUUCGGCGGCCCAGCGGUCGGCCCUUAACGGAGUGCAGAGCAAGCGGCUGUGCAGAUGCCGCCAAGCAAGGCACGGCGUGGCAGUGCUACUUGCCUGAAAAGCAGCCUGGCGGCCGGUGCUUGUUCCAAGACUUGCUGGAGCUUUGCGACUGGAAGCUCCUCCUUGGCGGCGUCGGUGUUGAGACAUGUGGUACAUGCGAUUAUUCUCUCUCAAACUCCCACUACUGGCAGCACAAGAAGCCUUUGAAAGGCGUCUUCAAAGCCGGUGCAACAUUGGAGCUGUCCUGCUGGCAUGAAUUCUAUGCAGCUGUUCCGAGAGAAGGACUUUUCGGACAGAUUCAUGGGGAGCGCAGCCAGCUCACCUGCUCUGGGGGAGAUUGGGUGGCAGCAUCCAGCUUUGCUUGUGCAGCCUGCGUGCAGCUGGUGCGUGCUCCGUACGCAGACUUGCAGAAAGCAGAGAAGCAAGAGCUGUACUUCGUCGUGCGGCACGAGCUACAGGUGCUGGUAGACUUGAGGGUGCCGCGCAUGAUUGAUCAGACGGGGCAGCUCGUCGAGGCCAACAUCAACCCCAAGGAGUGGGUGGGAAGCUUGCGGGUCCAUUCUGGAAGAGCCUGGACGACCUCUGAUGCAGGCUUCCACAUGUCGCCCCGGAACGCCGACGAUUCUGCCCAGCUCUUCCAUGCGAGCAAAACGGGCAAAGCCGACGAUGCCGGUGUGGUCUUUGCUUCUCUUCAGUCGAAAUGCGUCACGGCCGGGGCCAACUUUACUGCCGCCGACAAGCUUGUGUCGGGAGAUUGCGUGGCCAAUUCAAGGCAGAGGUGGUGCGCCAGCCCAGAUGGAUUUCUAAGCGCAUCUGGAGUCUGCAUUGACGCCUUUGCCAAAUUGUCCCUUUGCCCCUGGAACAGGGCGGGCACUUUCAUGACUGAGGCCGUGCGGGUUGCAAGCCCGCGGGCCAUGAGCGCACCAUCCGGCGACAACAUCAUCCUGGACCCAGGCUAUUCAGAUCAGGGUUCUGACUUGGAACCGGACUACGCGGCGCAGCUUUGCAUUAAAGCCGCGAGGCGACACUGCACAAGUUUGGUCUCUGAUAUGUGGUGGCCGAAUGAAUGGACGUCGGUAAGCAACCACAGCCCAUGCGCCGAGAAAAGUGUCAGCGAUACGAAAGACGGAUCCGCACCGUGGAUCAGCCUCAAGGGGGAGCAUUUUCUUUACUGCAAGGAACUGUGUUUGCUGGAUCACGACUGCAAGGGCUACGGACUAAAAGCCUCGAGAGAGCGGACUUGCGAGGCUGAUUGCGAGUGUCCUUAUCGUCCACCGUGCUGUGAUAACUUCCCUCCGUGCCCCAACUCAAAUUGCAACUUCCAUCUUCCGUGUUGCGACACCGGUGAUGAUUGCAUGAUUCAUGGUUGGACAAAGCCAAAGUACUGGUGCACCUUCCAUAAUGCCUUCCCCAGCGAGGGUGAUCCCUUCACUGCAGACGAAGAUGAAGAAACAAAUGCUUUCUGCUGGAAACUGGAAAGGCUGACAAGCACGACUACGACCACGACCACCACGACCACCACAACAAUGCCGACGGUGCCAAUUGGCUUUGCGUUGGAGUCCUACUCAGGUGCUUGCGAGGGGACACCGGCGCUCGACUCGGUUGUGUGCGGAACAAGCUUCGGGAACGAAUGUGUAGAAAGGUGCGCUGUCUACUGCUGGCUGCAGCAGAGCUGCGCUGGGUUCGACCACAAAUACCUUGGAAACGGUGAUAGUGAUGCUACGUGUUCGUUCUACCAAGUAGUCAACAGUACCACUGCUAUGGAGGGCAUCAUUUGCUUACGCAAGUUGCCGCAAGAGACAUCGCAGCUUUGCCAAGUUCCAAGGGAGAAAGCUGGAUUUGGAGGCUUCCUGGCAGAGAUCCCACCAGGCCAUGUCUCCAGUGGUCAGGUGUGGAGACUUCGAUCCUCCGAGAAGCGUUCCCAAUGCUUGGAGACUUCGGCGCAAUCGUUUCUUGCUGCGGCUUGUUCACUGCAAGAGAGGAGACAAGAGCUGGACGUGGUGCUGAUCACGGCAACGAUGAUGUCGGACCUGACAGGACAGUUCACGAAAGCGGUGACGGCAGCAGCAGAGUCUUCUUCGUGGAACUUAGAAGAUCUGACAGCACACGUAGACUGUGGGGACUUCCCUGUGAAAGUAUUGACAUUUCCAACGGCCCAACACCAUGCAGAUCCCGUGUGCUCAGUUGGAGGCGCCAUCGGUGAGCCGAGGACGAACUCGAGCCAAAUCGCUGCGGACGCAAGCAACCCACAGUCCAUGAACCCCUUUGGCUGCGGCCCUGGCGAGUUGCUCAUGUCGCUGAAGAAGGAUCGUGGUACAUUAAAGAUGACGUACACUUGCUCAGCCAUGGCUGGCAUGGGAGAAUGCAUGGACUACAUCACGCCGCAAGUGGAUGUCCAUCAAAGUCUGAGCACAGCAGCAAUGAAGUGCAGUGCCCUCCAAGGCUUGCAGAGGGCGAUACCAGAAACGUCCACUGGAGGCGCGUGGCUUCGAUUCAGGUACACCUGUUGCUCAAUCAGUGCUAUUCCGAUGGCCGUGACGCCAUCGGGCCACAUGAUUGCUGGCUUGUCUUGGGAAGGUUUGUAUUGCCCCCACUCCCGAGACAUCUCUGGGCGCCUGCGAUACACGCAGCGCAGCUCCUUCGGUGCUUCAGAGUCCGUUUUGGAUGGCCGAAUCCUCUAUGAUAAGGCGAAAGGUGCCUGGUGUCCGCUUGGCCAGAGCCUUGUGCAAAGCAACGGCAUGUGCUUGAUGGUCGACGAGAAUGGUGGGAACAUCUCUGCGUCGUGUCUUCCGCUGGUCUUCAGAGAGUGCAACGUGUCCGAAUCGAGGCAACACUGGCGAUGGGUUGACGAGCACUAUCUAGUCACUGCUCUUGACUCCAGAGUUGUCAGAUUUGGGCGUGCAGGUGAACAGAUAUGUGCCGGCGUCAUGAAUCAGACAACUGCGACGGAUGCACAAAUGCAGAGGUUGCACAUUGACCUCGAAGGACGUCUGUCGCUCAUUCAUUCCGCCACGCCAGGGCUCUGCGCGGAGGCGAGGACCCCGAAGUUCACCCUUUCUGCUGGCGGCUACGUUAUGUCCCUACCGGGGCAGGGAUGCACGGGCGCAACCAAUCCUGCUGGCCAGAAUGAGUGCAAGAAGGCUGCGAAGGCAUUGGGCCUCGUCUGGCUCGGGGAUGCUUAUCGAAACGAUUCUACUCAGUGCUUCCUCAAUACCGACGACGAAGACUCCGUAGGAGUCAAGUUCAACGCUAACGCGACGACAACUGGUUUUCCUCAGCAUGCAGAGGCGUUGCACGGCGUUUGCAGGGAGGAGGUGCUCGCCGUGGCGGCCGAGUGCAACUCGGAUGAUCCCGGCAGGCAACUAAUUAGCACGCCUCUGCCAACAUGUGCACAGGUCCGGACUGAGUUUCCCAUCGGCGAUGAUGAAGAGGCUUUGGAGGACCCGCGUCUGCAAAGUGAUAACCAAAACAGUUGGUCCGGGAGGUCAUCCCAUUGGCAGGUGGUGGCGGCGAGACCUUUCGAUGGGAAUUUCGAAGGCAAGGGCAGCAACGUGAAAUCGAAGCGCCAAAAGCCGCCUCUGAUCGAGUUCAAAGCGAAGCAGUACGAGCAGAAGCCUGAAUGCAAAGCUCUGACAUACGACAACUUUGAAGAGCUUCCCAGAGAGAAUCCAUGUCACUACGUGUCCAGCUCGAAGCCCAAGAACGAGGAGGAGGCGAUUCAGUUCCAGGAAGAGGGUAAAGCCGGUUGGUGGGGCGAUGAUGGAGCACAAGCUGGCUAUACCUACGAAAACAUUUUCGGUUGCUUCUCGCGUGAGUUUGCUCGGAACCUGGAGCUGGAAGACGCCACGGAUGUUUCCAGCGCUGCGACGGCUGGGCUCACCGCGGGCUUCAAAGCUGUCAACGUUUUGUGCCUGUUUCCAAACUUGGUAUUGGCGCCACUCGGAAUGGGUAUUGAGGCAGACAUAUCUAAACCUUGUCAGGGAACCUUUGACAAGCUGGGUGAGGCAGCAGCAUACUCUGCCAGCGUUGUCACACUUUUGAAGAAAAAAAGCAAGUGGGGCAAAACAAGAAGAGAUUGCAAUGGCCCGAAAGCGGGAUUUUCCCGGAUUUUUUGCGACUUGUAUUGCAUCAAGGACGCUGUCAUUGAGGGCGACAGAAUCAUUAACGAGAACAUCCAAGAAGCAACAUCAACACUGAACAAAAACAUGGACGCCUUGUUGGAGUACUACACAGGAUUGCUCGUGAAUUCUGCAAGCGGAGGUGUCCGCUCAUGA